AAAUGCCCACUUUAGGAGAAAAUUUCAGAUGGCAUUUAGAGGAUUUUGCAUCUGACAUUAAAGGCAUCAUUUUGGUGCUGAUCGAGCAACUUUGACACUUAUGGGACACAUUACAUUAUUAUUAUCUUUAUUAUUAUUGUCUGAUAUAAAAUAUUAACCACACCCAGAGAGUUACAAGAUACAACAGUAGUGGCUGAUGGGUAUAUUAAACAAGGCAUAAUGCGGAUCUCACUUGGAUGGGUAGUUUGCCUAGUAAAAGAAAUGCAUGUUAAUCUUUUAUUGAUCUUGACUCUGCUCUGUAUUAGAAGGCUUUUCCCUGCUGUAUGUGGAGUUCAUUUAGGCACCUGCAUCCUUCAAGGUGACCCCCAGCCACCUUCACUUUUCAGCAAAGGAGAUUUUGUUAUUGGAGGGACUUUUACCAUUCAUUACUAUCUGAGGACAGAGAAGCGCACCUACACUGUACGGCCCCAACCACUAAUGUGCAGUGGCAGCAUGGAUUUCAGAGAGCUGCGCUUUGCUCGCGUCUUGCAGUUCGCCAUCCAAGAGAUCAACAACAGCUCCAAUCUCUUGCCGGGAAUCACAUUAGGAUAUCAUAUAUAUGACUCAUGUGCUUCUGUGCCAAUGGUAAUAAAAGUAGCUGUGCAGCUUGCCAACGGACUACAACUCGCAUUUAACGACACUGACUCCUGUGCACAAUCCUCUGAAGUUCUCGCACUAGUUGGAGAAUCUGGCUCCACCGCGGCAAUAACCACUUCAAGACUUUUCGGCCCUUUUGGAAUUCCGCAGGUGAGUCAUUACGCAACAUGCGCGUGUCUCAGUGACAAGCGACAGCACCCAACUUUCUUCAGGACAAUCCCUAGUGAUCACCAUCAAGCCGCCGCACUGGCGCGGAUGGUCAAGCGCUUCGGGUGGACGUGGAUAGGGGCUGUGCGCAGUGAUUCAGACUACGGGAACAAUGGCAUGGCAUCAUUCUUGAAAGCCGCGGAGGUGGAGGGAAUUUGUGUGGAAUAUUCUGAGGCCUACUACAGGACUCAAACGCGCAACAAACUUCAAAGAGUCGCUGAUGUGAUCCGAAGGUCAACGGCUCGUGUCAUUGUUGCCUUCAUGGCUGCAGGAGACAUGAGAUUUCUCCUAGAAGAGCUAAGCCAACAGCCUCCUCCUCCGAUGCAAUGGAUCGGCAGCGAGGCGUGGGUUACAGACCCACAGAUGCUGCGGUUUAAUUUGAGUAUUGGUGCUGUUGGUUUUGCAAUCCCUCGGUCCGUAAUUCCUGGUUUCCGUAAAUUUCUUCUUGAUUUGUCUUCAGAGCAGGCGCUAAAGAUUCCUGUGCUGAAAGAAUUUUGGGAAAGCUCAUUUGGCUGUAGUCUAAAACAACACACAGGUUAUUUUUCUGGCAUGCCCGCAUGCGAUGGCACAGAGGACCUUGGCACGUUAAAGAACCCGUACACAGACACGUCCCAGUUGCGCAUCUCUAACAUGGUAUACAAAGCCACAUAUGCUAUAGCUCAUGCACUCCAUGGUAUUGUCUGCAACGGAAAACUUUGUGACAAAAACAUCAAAGUAGAGCCCCGAAAGGUUUCUGAUCAACUUAAGCAAGUGAAUUUUUCUAAAAAUAAUUAUUCUGUUUCGUUUGAUGCUAAUGGAGACCCUGUGGCCGUGUAUGAGCUUGUGAACUGGCAGCUUCAAGGAGAUGGUUCAAUUGAUUUUGUGACAGUGGGCAAAUAUGAUGCAUCCCAGCCUAAAGGCCAAGAAUUCAGCCUGAACAGAGCUAUCAUUUGGUAUGAUGGCACUGAAAAGGUGCCUGUGUCUGUGUGCAGUGAAAGCUGUCCACCGGGUACUCGGAAGGCUGUAAAAAAAGGAAGACCUGUUUGCUGUUAUGACUGCAUUAACUGUGCCGAUGGGGAGAUCAACAAUGAAACAGAUUCAUUAGAUUGUCACAAAUGCCAACCUGACUACUGGCCCAAUGCUGAGAAGAUCAAAUGCCUUCCCAAGCCAGUGGAGUUUCUGUCCUGGGAUGAGAUCCUUGGGAAUACCCUAGCUGCUUUCUCUAUUGCUGGCUCUUUAGUGGCUUUAAGUAUGGCUUUAGUGUUUUAUAAAAACAGAGUUUCUCCAAUAGUGAGAGCCAACAACUCUGAGCUGAGCUUCCUGCUGCUCUUCUCACUGACUCUGUGUUUCCUCUGUUCACUCACUUUCAUCGGUCAGCCCACUGAGUGGUCCUGUAUGUUGCGUCACACAGCUUUUGGGAUCACUUUUGUCCUCUGCAUCUCUUGCGUUCUGGGGAAAACAAUAGUGGUGUUAAUGGCCUUCAAAGCUACACUUCCAGGAAGUAAUGUCAUGAAAUGGUUUGGGCCUCCUCAACAGAGACUCAGCGUUUUUGGUUUCACUCUUGUACAGAUUAUUAUUUGUGUGCUUUGGUUAACAAUAUCUCCACCGUUUCCUUACAAGAAUAUGCAGCACUACAAAGACAAGAUCAUUUUAGAAUGCAGUUUAGGGUCAGCUGUUGGUUUCUGGGCUGUGCUGGGUUAUAUAGGCCUCCUAGCUUUCCUAUGUUUUGUUUUAGCUUUUCUGGCCCGGAAGCUGCCUGAUAACUUUAAUGAGGCUAAAUUCAUCACCUUCAGUAUGCUCAUAUUCUGUGCUGUAUGGAUCACAUUUGUUCCAGCUUAUGUCAGUUCUCCAGGUAAAUUUACUGUGGCUGUAGAAAUUUUUGCCAUUUUAGCUUCGAGCUUUAGUCUGAUUCUCCUUAUUUUUGCUCCAAAGUGUUUCGUUAUUGUAUUUAGGCCAGAGGAAAACACCAAAAGACAUUUAUUGGGUAAAGUACCACCGAAAGCUCUCUGAAAACACAUAUCUUACAUUAAAAAUUGACCACUAUUAGAUAUCACAGGUGUGAUUUUACAGAGUCAACUAUCACACAGCUGAUAUGUUUUUACCUGCCUGUACCAUAUGCACAAAUUGUAACAGACAUUACUUUUUGAAACAACAACAAUCAAACAAAAAACUAUCCACUGUAUUAAUUUUAUCUGGUGGUCUGGAAAAUAUAUAUUCACCAAACAUAUUAAAUUGUGCUCAGUCAAUUUAUCAAACAGAAGUGUAAUGAAACUCUGUAAUGAAACUGUGCGAAUAGAUCAGGAUAGUGGGAGACAGAAGCAAAGCGAUCUCAAGUCAUCUAGACAACAUGACAGAAGAGGUAACUGUGGGCUCUUCUUGAAGAUUAAACUGGGACUGACUUUUUCCACUUGGCACAUAGUGAAGUGAACUGAAGAGCGAUUGUUUAUACGAUUUAUGUUUGUAGCUACAGAUACAUGUUUUUUUUCAUGACUGACCUAUAAUGUUUUAUGGCACAAUAUAAUAAAAAAAAUGUUCAGAAAUGUGAUCCUCUUUCCAUCAUUUAAUAUUCUGGGAAAAGUGAAUUUGUUUGGUGGACGUUGGUCUCGGUAACUUUUAUUUCCUUUUGUUCCGGGAAUUAUUCAUUUACAAAUUAAGCACUGCUAACAUAAUGUGGGACACAGUAAAAUACUGUGAAUUCACACCUGUAAUAUUGACGUCUAACCUGUGGUUUGACCAUACCGAUCUCUCCAAUUACUUUAAGCAACUAUUAAUUGGUAUUAAAUUUUUACUGUAUGAAGAA